AUGCCGCCAGAUUCAAGGAAUUUUGAUAGAAGUUUCAAAUUGGCAAUUAUUGGCGCGGCAAAGGUGAGCUAUUUUUGAUGAAAAUCCUAACAAAAAGUCAAAAAUCCAAUUUCUGAUCCUUUUAAAUCCUCUUUGACUUUUCUUUCUUUUCCUCAGAAAAACAAAAAAAUUUUUUUCAUCAACAAAAUUGAUUUUUUUCUUCUGCAGACCGGCAAAAAAACAUUAUUUGAAUCCUUUGCCACCGAAGGAGAUGAUCAAGGUUUAUGGACAUCGCUAACAGUAGAAAAUGAGAAAAUUCUUGUCGAAACCCAAGUGUCAAAAAUGUGGACUAAAGAAAUGGCCGAGGUUUUCGACGCGGUCGCCGUUGUUUAUUCUACAGAUGAUCUUUUUUGUAUGUUUUUUGUUCAAUUUUUUAGUUAAAAAUGAAAAAAAAACUGACCUUUUUCAGAGUUUCGAAUAUGGUUUGGAAGUUCUCAACGAAAUAAAUCGACUGAUCCCAGCGGAAUUGGCAAAACCUGUAGUUGUUAUUGAAAAUAAAAUAGAUAUCGUUGAGCAAACCGAAGUCAUCAAGGCACACGUGGAAAAUGAGAUGAAAAACCGAAAAAAGCGACUGUAUCGUGUGUCCGGAUUGAAGGAAUUCAAUGUGAUGCACCCAUUUGCAUAUUUACUCGAAAAACUAACUCGUCCCAAGCCAAAGCAAGAUGUAAAUGAUAAUAUCUGAAAUUAAUUUUUUUUAAAUGUAUUUUGCAAACUUUAUUACCGGUUGGAUCUCUUGAAUGAAGCUAGACACCUUACAAAAAAAAUUUCGAUCGAAAGAAAAAAAUAAAAGUAAAAAUGCAAUGCCGCUCAAAUGCAUAAGGGUCACGCUUCGAUUUAGUCAUUUUUCGCACUUUCCUUUAAUAUACGGUAACUUAAUUUCCAGUAUUUUUUUCACUUUCACUAGAAAAAUACAAACUUUUUAAUUUGAUAAUCAAAAAUUACCCCAAACUUACCUGAUACAUUUUAACACAAACCUCUGUGUUCUUUCACCCAAAACCAAACCCCAAAACCCAUUAAACUAACCUGACAUGAGUUGUUGCAGUUGUAUAAGAACCAAGUCCUCAAAUUAAUAUUGUUUUCAUCGUUGAAAUUGGAGUGGGAAACCAACAAAUCUCAAGCAAUCUGGAAUUUCUAUGAAUCAUAGAAAGAAAAAUAAACUCCCUCUUACGUUUAAUUGAUGGCUCUCAUUGAAGACAUGCCAAAUACAAAAUAAACUAUUUCAAGAAAUGAGUGUCCAACCUGAAAAAAUAAAUAAAACUCAUUCCUAAUUAGCUAUAAAUCAAACACAACGUUUUAAAUAAUUCAGAACAAAGAAUGACGUCACGUAUUUUUCUACGAAGAACUAAAAAAACCAAGCGCCAAAAAACACCGUGAAAAAAAGACUCAGGCGCUGACAGCUAGCACGCAGGCGCUGUCUGCGAGCUAGCAAACUGGCAAAUUAGUAUCAGAAUUCGACGGCCGUCUGCCGGCUCGCGUGCUAGCUGUCAGCGCAUUUUCUGAGGAAGAGAAAAAUAAUAUUUCGCUAAACAACAGGCAUGCGGACAAACGAAGUGUCGUACUAAAAUGGAGAAUCGAAGUUUCGUAUUUUUUAAUUACUAUAGUAUUCUCCAUGGGAAAAGUGACGUUGGAGAGAUUCUCAGGGUUCCCGUAUGUUAUACUUUUAACGUGUCAUUUUAUAAAAUCUGGGGGGGGGGGGCUCCCAAUUCUUAAAAAACCCCAGGGGCGGAAUUUACUAAAGUGGUAUACCAAAAAUUACUGAAGAAAAAAUUGGGCGUACCAAAAAUUGCUGAACAAAUUUUUUUGGUACGCCAAUUUUUCCUUCAGCAAUUUUUGGUAUACCACUUUACAAGGGAAGUGCAUAGGGUUAGGUGUUGAACUUUUGAUGAAACGUUCGAAAUAAACCAAAUCGACCAUGCUGAUCACGAAUCCGAAGUCAAAAAUUGCCACAAAUGCCUGUGAGCACUUUUCUGGAGCUCCAAAGUUGAAAUUGAGUUCUGGUUUUUGUCUAUUCUCGCCAUGUUCCUGGGUGCAAGAUGAACUUUUAUAACUUGAAAAAGGGUGUUCACCACAUUCGAAAACCUAUCAGCUUUUUAGUUUUAAAAAAUAUGAAAAACCAGCUGAAAACUGCAAUUUUUCAGAAAGUCCUGAAAAUACACACAAUCACACGUAAAUACACACGUUUUUCAAAGUUAUUCGUGCAUUUUUGAAAAUUGCAGUUUUCAGCUGGUUUUUCAUGUUUUUCGAAAAACUAAAAAGCUGAUAGGUUUUCGAAUGUGGUGAAGAACCUUAUUCAACUCAUAAAAAUUGAUUUUCCACCCAGGAACAAGGUGAAAAUGGGCGAAAACCAAAACUCAAUUUCAACUUCGGAGCUCCAGAAAAGUGCUCACAGGAAUUUGUGGCAAUUUUUGACUUCGGAUUCGUGAUCAGCAUGGUCGAUUUGGUUUAUUUCGAACGUAUCAUCAAAAGUUCAACACCUAACCCUAUGCACUUCCCUUGUUAGUAAAUUCGGCCCCAGCAGAAACCCAUUUCGCGUCAAGGUUGCGCGUCAAGGUUGCGCGUAGAAUUUGGUGUUUACGGGAAGUCGGUGUUGACAUACACUCUUAUUUUUUCCGUUCUUUCUUAUUUUUUCUGUUUCUUCCGUUCUUUUUUCAAACUCCCACCUUGUUACCUUUGCCCAUAGGCGCACGCGAUAAAUGUCAAUCAUUGAAAAGAUGGCGCCUCUCGCUCGCUCAACAGAUAGACAAUUUUCAUUUUCUUCUCCCCCAUUCUUUCCUUUGCCCCUUCUCUUGUCUUCUUUUUCUUUUGCAAUUUCGAGAAUUUUUUCAGUAAGCAAAACCCGCAAACCAGAUAUGUUGGCAGCUCGACUUUUAGGCACGUCCAGCACUAAAUUUUUAGGCAGAAAUUUGCAUUUUUCUAGAGGUUUGUUGUGGUAUUUUUGUACUUUUUUUGAAUUUUUCUUUGGGAAAAAUGAAGUUUUCAGCCACAUUUCUUCCUGUUGUUCAAUUCAAAUUGUCCGAUAUUGGUGAAGGAAUUGCCGAAGUUCAAGUCAAAGAAUGGUAUAUAAAAGAAGGCGAUACGAUAUCACAAUUCGAUAAAGUUUGCGAAGUUCAAAGUGAUAAGGCUGCAGUUACGAUUUCAAGUCGAUACGAUGGAAUUGUCAGAAAAUUGUGAGAUUCUUUCUAUUAGCUCCAAAAAACCAAGAAAAAAAGUUAGCCAAGUUCAAACAAUCAUAUUUAUUUGCACACGUGGUCUGAUUUUUCAAAAAAAGAUGAGAGAUAUUAGAGAAAAACAGAUAGUGUAAUGUAAUGAUAAGGGCUUUGACCCUUUGAAACUUUUUAUUUUAAAAACAAUAAAAAUCAAUUUUCCAGAUAUCACAAUGUUGACGAUAUGGCAAAAGUUGGUCAAGCUUUGAUUGAUGUCGAAAUCGAGGGAGAAGAAGAGAGUAAGCAUAAUUUCCCAAGGGAUUUUCCUACCUCAUGAUUGAAUUAAAAGCUCUCUCUCUCUAUUUCAUUUUCAAUAAAAAAAAAACAAAUCAUUUCAGAGGAACCGGAAGCGGAACCACAAGCGGAAAAAGCCAAGGCCCCAUCAAAAGCCCAGACUCAAGCUCAGCCUGAAACCGAGUCUCACAACUUUGGAAAAGUUUUGGCGACUCCUGCAGUUCGUCGAAUUGCCAUGGAAAAUAAGAUAAAAUUGGGGGAAGUUCGAGGAAGUGGAAAAGAUGGACGAGUUUUGAAAGAGGAUGUGUUGAAAUAUUUGGGACAAGUUGCACCGGAUUACAGUUCGGGAUCGACGAAUAUUCGAACAACUCAUCAAGCACCAUUGCCUGUUGGAAAAUCGGUGAGGAUUUAAAACAAUAUUCUGGACAAUUUUGCUGAUUUUUAUAUCUGUCAAAAAACAUACAAUUUUUGAAACACAAUUUUAACUAUUUCAAAUUACAAAUUCCCCAUUAAAAAUAUUAGGGCCACAUUCAUUAAUCGUAGGAAGAAUUUUCAAAUUAAGUGUUUUGAUCAUUUUUCAAAAAUGUUCCAAAAAUGAAUGAGAGUAUUGAAACAGUAAAUAAAUUUUUAAUUUUAAAAAAAUUUGCUUCUCUAGGUUUUUGAUUAAUUUUUUUUCAACAUAAAAUUAAAAAUUUCCAAGCUUAAAUAAAUAUUUAAAAUCUAAUUAUCUGAAAUUUAUCUCAAAAAUUCAAGCAGAAAGUUUGCAUUCCGAUUUUUUUUUGAAAUGAUUCAUAAAAAAUAAAUUAGAAUUUUGAUACAGUAAAUUUUUCUUUAAAAACUUUUGCAUGAACAAAUGGAGUGAAUUUUUCUAGCUUGAAAUUUAAAAUUUCCAGCAAUUCUUAACUCAUCUAAUCUUUGUUUCACCCAAAAAUCCACGUCUGAAACCGGUUCUCCAAAUAAAUUAUUUUUAAAAGUUUUACAUAAGUAAAAUAAAUGAUAAAUUUGAAACAGUAAUUUUUCUGCAAAAAAUAUUCGAAACUAUUUCCAGUACGAACCACUCAAACAAGACACCGCAGUUCCAAUUCGCGGCUAUACUCGAGCAAUGAUCAAAACAAUGACAGAAGCAUUGAAAAUUCCACAUUUCGGAUAUAAUGAUGAAAUAAACGUGGAUGCUUUAGUCAAAAUUCGCGGAGAAUUGAAAGAUUACGCUAAAGAACGGCAUAUCAAAUUGAGUUAUAUGCCAUUUUUCAUCAAAGCUGCAUCGUUGGCACUUCUUGAAUAUCCAGGAUUGAAUGCGACGACUGAUGAAAAAUUGGAAAAUGUUAUUUAUAAAGCAUCGCAUAAUAUUUGUUUGGCUAUGGAUACACCAGGUGGAUUGGUUGUACCAAAUAUCAAGAAUUGCGAGCAAAGGUACAGUUUUUUUGCGGGGAAAUAAAUAAAAAACAUUUGAAAUAUUUUCAAUAAAAACUUUCCGGGAAUUUCGAAACAGUUUUCUGAGAAGAAACAAACCUCACCCAAUACCUGGAAUUCCAGGUGGGCAAUUUUUUUCGAACAACUUAGGUGUGCAAAAUUUUUUAGUAGGUGGGCAAUUUUUUACCCACUCCUCCAGAUUCUUGGGUGAUGUUUGAGAAGAAAAUUUCGAAAUAAAUUUUUUUUGGGAUUUUCUAAAAAAAAAAUCGAAGAGUAAAACUUAACUCGAAUCUCAAUAAAUAAUUUUUUUAUUUCUCAAAAAUAUUAGCAAAAUUCUAAUUCAAGAUUUCCAAAGUUUGCAAGUUUUUGUUUUCCAAUCAAAACCAAUCGAAGCUUCAAAAUUCUUCAAAGAAUCCACACCCAAAACGUUGGCAAAUUCAAAGUUUCCCUUCGAAAUUUGACACUCGAUUUCGAUGUUUGGAUCCUGAAAAAUAUUCCAAAUUGUUAUCAUUAUUAAAUCAGGAAACUAACCUGAAUUACAAAACGAUUCAGAGGUUUUGUCACAUUUCCCGGUCCUAACAAUGCUUCCAUUGUUUUCUUGGUCAAACAUGUGAAUGGCGAGACUGUGUCAAUGACAAACCAAACAAACUUGGCUUCUGUGUCAGGAUUUCUAGCUGAUUGACAAAUCAAAGGAACCAUAACUCUUCUAUUUGGUCCGUGAACUAUUCCGUUGACUGGAAAUGGGUUCGAAUUUCCGAAUCUCGCUGGGCUCAAAUUCUCAACCCCGAAUUUUUGGCCAAUCUAAAAAAAUAAUUCAAUUUUGGGUAUCGGAAAUAAAAAAAACUUACAUUCUCAAGAACUUUUUCAGUGAUAUCUUUGUAAUUUCUGUCAUAGUUAUCGUAACAGAUUUUCUGAAAAUAUCGAUUUUUUUCAAGGAAAAAUAGAUUUUUUGGAACUUACGUCGGUCAUUUUUCGAUGAAAAAUCGAAGAAAAUCGAAAUUGACGCAGAAUUUUGACUGAAAAUUAACAAAUUUCAGCGAAAAAAACCAAUUUCCAAGGGAAAUUUGGUGAAGUUUCUGCUAGAAAACUAAUUUUUCUUCGAUCACACUGAAAUUCACAAAUCUCAACAAAACAAAUGAGUUUUGAUUCAGAAAACUGCGAAAAGCAAAAGACCCAAAUUCAAAAACAAAAAUAAGCGCGCCCUGUGCACAUCAAAUGGGCCAGUGUUCGACACCCAGGCGUGUUUUUUUUGUAUUUUCUCAUAUUUCACUUUCCAGGAGUAUUUUCGAAAUUGCCCAAGAAUUAUCGCGCCUUCUCGAAGCUGGAAAACGUCAACAAAUCAGUCGAGACGAUCUCACCAAUGGCACUUUCACUCUCAGCAACAUUGGUGCAAUUGGUGGAACCUACGCCUCUCCAGUCAUUUUCCCACCACAAGUUGCGAUUGGUGCAAUCGGCAAAAUCGAGCGACUACCGCGAUUCGAUCGCGACAACAAUGUGGUGGCGGCGAAUUUGGUGAAAGUCUCAUGGUGUGCUGAUCAUCGGGUCGUAGAUGGUGCAACUAUGGCGAGAUUCAGUAAUCGCUGGAAAUUCUAUUUGGAACAUCCGUCGGCAAUGUUGGCGCAACUCAAGUAA